UGGUCGGGUGCUCUUCGCGGAGCGGUUCUCUCAGUUUCCUACUUCAAAUUUCGGAGUUCUCCUUUUUUGGAGGGAAUCGGCUUACUUCGGCGCUAAAAACAAGGGUUAAUAUAAACAUGAAUGUGACUUACUUUUCAUCAGUUGCCCAGGAGCAGAUCGAUCAGGCUAAACAGGACGGAACGGAGGACGCUAUGACCUUGCAACGGAUGCUGCCAUGGAUAUUUUUCUUGCAAGUUGCCGUUUUCUUCUACUUACCAAUACGGACCUAUGCCUAUCCCAGAUUUCCCCGCCAGGACAAUUGUACUGAUUUUCAAGGAGGGAUUGUUGAACAUGGUGUGAUGUAUGUGCCGGGACCUGCUGUUUGCAGUCUCUGCGUCUGCUAUCAUUCUGAGCCUAAAUGGUGCCAAGCUAUCUUCUGUUCACCUCCCUACCAUUGCAAGAGAUUCCGUGUUGGAGUACGAUGCUGCGACUUCCUGUGCUUGGACGAUAUAGAGGCAAAUUGGACCGGACCUGAUGUUAUCGAUAUUCCCGUUGUUUACUCCGCUGCUGAACAAGUGGAUUUUAAACGUUUUCUCAUCGUAUUUAUCGCCUUGAUAAUUUUACAAUUGAUUUUCUAAAUUUUGAAUGAGGAUUUAGAUGGCACCGUUGAUGAAAUUCCAUCAUAAACGUCGACGAUUAACAUCAGCCAUCAGGGAAAGGAGAAGGUACGAUGUAGCGUGUUGAUGAAAGAUCGUUUUUACCUGGCUAAUUAUACCUUAAGGAGGUUUUUUCUUAUUUAUUUUUCCACGAUGUAUUGUUAAAUUAUUAAUUUUCUUAUUUGAUUUUUGUGAUUUCUGUGAAACUGUUAUGAUUCAUUGUCACUUGUAUGAAGGACGGAAGUACAAGAAAUUGAUAAUAUUAUUAAUAAUAUUUACGAAGAAAAAAUAAGUUGUUGCAUAUAUGAUAAAAUAAUUCUAUAUUAAACACGAAACUCGCCAACGUGACU